AUGGUGAAUCACUUCGUCUUCGAAUGCGGCCACCGCUUCCCCGAGUUUCCCUCCAAGCUCAAGAAGCUCAAGAGAGCCAUGAGCAUUCGCAGAGCUUUCAGCACGAAAGCAAAGGUCCCCAAGGACAUCGCACGAGAAGGCCUCUGCGAAGUUUGCGUUGAAUUUUCGGCUCAGGACUUCCUCGCCGCAGGAAUCCAAGCCGAAAACGUCAACAAAACCUUCACAGAGCUCCGAGACGAGCGCGUCAGGGAAACCAUCGCGCUCGCCAAGAAGGCAGCCGGAGAGGCAGCCAGGGGAGCAGCCAAGGAGGAGGAAGAGACGACACUCACACUCCACCACCCAACACCCCAACGUCACCUCCAGCGCAAGCCCAUCCCGGGAUCCGCAGACGCCAAACUCUUCAGCGACGAAGACGACGACACCGCAUGGCUCCUCGCCAAGGAUCCAGAAGAAUAG